UUAUUAAAUGAUUGGUGAAAUUACAGGUCAUAUUCGAGGAAAAUGAAGAAAAUGGAUCCUCUCCAUAUUCGAGUGAUGUGGCCCACCUGGCAUGACCAAGUAAAACUUGAAUUUGUCAUAGAAGAUAAUAUGAAGAAUUGAUUAGACAAGUGAAGUGGGGAAUGUCAUAGAAGGGGGUAACUUGGUUAGAAGCACACCCACAACACAAUGAUUCUGAAUUUGGUUCAUGUGAUGAUUUUGGUAAUAUGGCCCAUACAUCUACAGGAAUCUGCACAAGCACAAAAUUCAACAAUAGCAAAGCCUGCUGGCUGUGAUACGCAAUGUGGAGAUGUUGACAUUCCAUAUCCGUUUGGAAUGAACCGUUCCGAAUGCUAUGCAGACAAGUGGUUUGAAAUAGAAUGCAAAGCCGAAAACACUACUGCCACAGAAGAAUCUUCCUAUUACCCUUACCUGAAGUCUAUAGGAGUGAAGGUGUAUUCCAUUGAUGUUUCCAUCAGCACGGUUGAGAUCGGGAAUCCGAUAAACCGUAGUAACUGCGGAACCAAAUAUUCAACGCCGGUCAACAGCGUGCAGCUCAAAGGAAGCCCUUUCGUGUAUUCCCAGGAUUAUAACAAAUUUUUGGCCGUAGGUUGCAAUAAUAUUGCUCUUUUGCAGUUAAAUGGUGAAGAUGCUGGUGGUUGUGUGUCCAUAUGCAACGACAACGAUGAUAUCGAGAGCAUCGAUAUUUCCAGCAAUGAAUGUAAUGGAAUGAGUUGCUGCAAGACUUCUGUGCCAAAGCAUCUUUCAGAAUUUAGCGCAAAAAUUACAAGUUUGGAUGAGAGUCAAAGGGUUCAUGAGUGCAGUUACGCCAUGAUUGUAAAAGAGGACACGCAGCAGUAUGAAACGGGCAUCCCCUAUAUCGGCGACCUGAAGGAUGUAACUCAUGUGCCUGUGGUGCUUGAGUGGGAGAUUCUCAAUUUGACCCUUAAACUCCCUGCAGAUCCAUACACUAAAUGCUAUCCAACUAAUGUUACAUCUUCACAACAUACAAACUCAGGUUGGCAGUGUAGAUGCAUCAACUAUGGUGGAAGAUACAUUAUAAAUAUUAAUCCCUACCUUGCAGGAGGUUGUCCAGCUCCAAGUUACGACAGUGGAACUGGGAGGACAGAUAUCGAUGUUACAAGUAAAGCAAAGCCGGUCAUAAUAAUAGGAGUUUCUGCAAGUCUUGGAUCCAUCAUUUUACUCAUUGUUUUAUGGCGGUUGUAUAAAGUUGUAAGAAAAAAAAUAGUGAAGAAACGCAAAGAAAGAUUCUUCAAGCGAAAUGGAGGACUAUUGUUGGAACAAAGAUUGUCUUCUGGUGAAGUUAAUGUAGAUAAAGUUAAACUCUUUAGCUUAAAGGAUUUAACGAAGGCCACCGAUCACUUUAAUGUAAGUAGAGUACUUGGAAAGGGAGGCCAAGGUACUGUUUACAAAGGCAUGUUAACAGAUGGAAAAAUUAUUGCAGUCAAAAAAUUUAAACUCCAAGGAAAUGUUGAAGAGUUCAUCAAUGAAUUUGUCAUUCUUUCACAAAUUAACCAUAGAAAUGUGGUUAAGUUGUUAGGAAGUUGUUUGGAGACUGAAAUUCCUUUGCUUGUUUAUGAAUUUAUUCCUAAUGGCAACCUUUUUGAGUAUUUGCAUGAACAAAAUGAGGACUUAUCAGUGACAUGGGAUAUGCGUUUAAGAAUUGCUGCUGAAGUUGCAGGAGCUUUGUUUUACUUACACUCGGUUGCUUCUCAACCUAUUUAUCACAGAGACAUCAAGUCAACAAAUAUACUAUUGGAUGAAAAGUAUAGGGCAAAAGUAGCAGACUUUGGCACAUCAAGAAUGGUUUCCAUUGAAGCUACUCACCUCACUACAGUGGUUCAAGGAACUUUUGGAUACUUAGAUCCUGAAUAUUUCCAUACUAGUCAAUUUACAGAGAAGAGUGAUGUUUAUAGCUUUGGAGUGGUUCUUGUUGAACUCUUGUCAGGACAAAGGCCAAUAUCCUCCCUAAGACCUGGGGAAGCUAAAAGUUUAGCUUCAUAUUUCAUUCUUUGUAUAGAGGAAGAUCGUCUAUUUGAUGUUAUUGAUGAAAGAGUCAUAAAAGAGGGGAAGAAAGAACAUAUCAUUGCAGUUGCUAAUCUUGCAAGCAGAUGUUUAGAGUUGAAUGGGAAGAAACGGCCAACUAUGAAGGAUGUCACAUUGGAAUUAGAAGGUAUCCGAAAAUUUGUAAGUACAUCUAAUACACAAGAAGUACAUGCUGAACUUGAUCUUGUUCGAUUUGAAGACUAUCAAUCUUGGGAUAAGUAUUCUACUACCCUAAAUACAGGUUCAACUCAAGAUCUACAUAGUGGAACAUCAACCUUGGAGGAUAUUCAUAUUCUUACUAUAUAAUUGGUUAAGUAAUUUCUUAUGUGUAAAAUAAAACUAUUUUGGUUAGAACAUAUUGAACUAUGUAACCAUUUAAAAUAAUAAUUGUUGCGAGUGUAAUCAUGACCAUGACACAAUUAAAAA